AUUGGACCAAUCGCAAUAUAGUCUUUGUGGUCAAUUUCGUUUCUCAGUUUAUUUCCGAAGGUCGUGUGCUUUUUUUCCAAAUCUACGUUAUGGAUACAAACUCCUUACCGUCAGACAUCAGACCGACCGGUGCAGUUGUUUCUACAACUGAAUUUGCCGAUGGAGGUCAGGUGAUAAAAAAUAUUAAUUUUGGAGAUACAGUCGUUUCCAUAUGUUCUAUAAAGACUGAAAACGAAAACUCUCCACUCUGUAAAGACAAUGUCUGUUUUGCCGAUACAAGUCCUAAGUCAGUACUAAAUGCUCCAACUCUAUCUACAUGUUGUGAUGACAACAACAACGGUUCUUUGUGUCUAAUACAAUCGGCAUCUAGAUUAGAUUUAACUCCACAUACAGAUCAGUCACCCUCUCACUGGCGAAGACUAAAAAAGCGUACUUCGGACAUACUUGUAAUGCAAAAUAAGAAUCCAACAACUUCAAGCAUUCUCGAAUCUCAGAUCUCUUCUUUCUCUAUAGCUACGUGUAAUUCUGGAACUAGUUCAUUUUUUCCAACUAUUACAAAUACUGUCAGCGCUUGCGGCAAUAGUGGUUCUAACAAUGUAGAGAUGUCAAAUUCUGAUAUGGAGUUGAACAAAAAUUGUUUGUACCAAAGUUCUCCAUCUUCAACUUCCGCUAUUAUCCCGUUGGCUAAUGCAUCUCUUUUGUUAGAUCCCGGAAAAUUCUAUCCACCCAAUUCUAAGUGGAUUUCACCCGGUGCAAGUGGGUCUUCGAUUGCAGCCGCAUUGACAGCUGUAAAUAUACAACAAAGAUUUAAGAAAGGAGAUGUAGUCAAAACACCUAAUGGUGUAAGGAAAAAAUUCAAUGGAAAACAAUGGCGCCGUUUAUGUAGUCGCGAGGGUUGUACCAAAGAAUCUCAACGACGUGGAUUUUGUUCACGUCAUCUUUCAAUGAAAGGGAAGGAAAUGCGUGUAAUGGGAUAUGCCGCUGCUGUAGCGGCUUUGAAUUCUUCCGAAUCGAAAUACAGUACAUCAGGUAUCCCUAGAGAACAUGGAUCAAACCGUAAUAAGAUGAAUUCAUUCACAUCUACCGGAUUAUUAUCUUCAUCGACACCAUCACUACUUCUCACUCCUUCCAUUUUCGCGCCCUACAAACUAACUCCUUUUCUGUCAACAAGUAAGUCAGCGUCUGUAACAACUGAGAUGGGUUCCUCUACGAGUGCAACACAAACGUUCAUAUCUUCUACAACUACGGCACUGCUGACGACGACAACGACGACCAUUUCACAACAAUCAGUGUUCUCGCUUCCACUGACUUCAAUUCAUUUUAAUGAUCGCUAUGAUUCAAGCAUUAUACCUGCCACUGUUGGUGCACAAGUUACUUCAAUGCCUAUUCCGAAUCCUUCAUUCGCACCGUUACUAUUUAAUACUUCCGUUGGACAAAUGUCUCCAAUUUCUACUCCUCUUGCUUUACUUCCUAUUCUCACGGAUAGUAUUUCUGUAGGGGAACCCUCUUUAAGAAAACAAGAUGCACCAAGAUUUAAUUCAAAUAAUUCAUCGAACUUUUGGGAUAAUCCAACUACAACUGAAAACGAAAAUAGUAAUUUUAACAAAGGUCACAGUAGUGGUAAUCAGUAUUGUGAUAAUAGUCACAAAAGUCCUGGUCAUCGUGAAUCAGACGGUGACCAAUGUUCAACACCGUUAUUAAGUCAAGUCUGCAAUCUUGUAGAUAAUGAAAAGUCUGAUCAAUCUGCUGAAACAGAUUGUGUCGAAAAUUCCGAGGAGACCUGUAAGCAAUUGUCACGUGAGACGUCCAGUUCAGUAUUGACUCAAAAUUGUAGCGGCAACGUUACUGAUGAUGAUGGCGGCGGCGAUCAUCACAAUCAUGAUUAUGAUAAUAAUGAUAAUCAACUUAAUAUUACUACUCCUGUAAUUAAUUUAAACAUUUCUAAAACUGAUAAUACUCAAGUAUUCAAUGAAUGUUCAAUAAAUAAAAAAUUAAAACUGUCUACAAUAUUAAAUAAAACUAAUCAAGAUAAAAAACAUGUACGUCGUCCAAUGAAUGCUUUUAUUAUAUUUUCUAUGAGACAUCGUAGUGAAGUACAUCGUCUUUAUCCAAAUAAAGAUAAUCGUGUUGCAAGUCAAAUUUUAGGUGAUUGGUGGUAUCAUUUAGAUGCAUCAGAAAAAGCACCUUAUCAACAAUUAGCUCGUGAACUAAAAGCUGCGCAUUUUCAAUUAUUUCCCAAUUGGAAAUGGUCUUCUAAACAAAGACUUAGAUCAGAAAGUGGAAACAUUAAGAAACGAUUCCUAAGUGAUUGUAAUUCGCAUCCAAAAACGCAUACAUCACUGACUGAUUCUAGCAAUUUAUUGGUGAAUAAGUCUUUAUCAGAUGAAAAUAAACUAAUUACACAUUCAUUUACCAGUAACCAGAUCAAUGAAUCUGACAGUAUUUUAACGAAUUCAGCUUUAAACGAGUUAUCAUUGAAUAAUGAAUCACCUAUAGCUUUAUCACAAUCGAAUCUCAUAGCUGAAAAUAUCAGUCAACAUAAAUGUUAUGAUAAUCAUAGUUCCAUUGAAGUAAAAUCCUCUGUUAUUGAGAAUGAUCUGUAUGGAUUAAAUGGUUUAGACUUAUUAUUACACGCCGUUCAAUAUUUGGAUAAAGAAAAUAACUUAUUUAAUGAUGAUUUAAUACAACCUCCACCACUUGUUAUUGAGGAUCUUGAUACUGAUGCUAAAAACGUUCAAGUCAACAUUGAUAAUUCCAAUACAUCCUGUAGUGAUAAUUCUGAAACUAUUAUUAAUUCCAACGAGGAAUUAACAGAGCACAAUUUUAAAGAUACGACAGUAACUCCUGAUCAAGAGUCAACCUCACUGAGUGGUUCAAUAAAAAAUAUUUUAAUAGAUUCUAGCGUAACUACUUCUACAUGUAAUUCAACUAGUCAAUCAGUUCUCGAACACUCAUCAAAUUCUGGUACUUUCGAAAACUCUAAUAAUUGUCUACAAAACCAAUCAUUAAGCGAUAACAACAAAUCCAAUUCAAUUACAGACCUAUCUCAUCCUACAUUUAUACUACCACAAGUUGCGGUUUGUCCCACUACAUUACUAAUUGAAGUGGCAGAAAAUCCUCUCCUGUGUCCACUAUCAAUUAAUAUUAAACCAACGUUAUUGUCGUCACCAUUAUCAUCAUCGUCAUCUUUGUCGUCCAGUUGUUCAUCUACAGAAUUGAACAACUCUUUACUUGAAAUCAAUCAACAAUCUAUAACAACUACUUGUGAAACAUCAAAAUCUAAUCAAAUCAAUGAAAUUUCUUUAGAAAAUAAUAUUGAUACUCACAUACCUAAUCAACAGAAUUCUACAAUUCCGAUAAAUAACUCAUGCCAUCAACCUGUUUCUUCUAAAGAAGAGAAUUGUGUAAUCUAUGAUUGUGAGAAUAAAUUUCAAUCAUCUACCAAUGAAAAUUCUCAAAAUCAACAAACUGUUUCUUCUAAAUCAAAACCUCCUCCAUUGAAAUUACAAAAUGAUGUAUUUAAUUCCAGCAUUAUAAACAAAAAUAUUGAACAAUCUGAUAGAUCGGUUGAAAAAAGUACACCUCGUGCUCCAUUCUCAGCUGAUGCAGCUAAUCGAUGUUUUAAACGGAAAUUUGAUGAAACUACAGAGAAUAUUUUAGCUCAAAUCAACUUUCGUCGUCGAUUUUCUUAUCUACCGAAAUUUAACCCUAAUACUGUCUCAUCUACACAAAGUUUAUCAUCACCAACAUCUAUUGAUCAAUUGUCCAUACGUUCUGCAGGGCCUUGUUUUUACUCAGAAACUAGUCAGACUGGUUCAGUUACUCCAACACUUAAUAUAGACACUAGUCAACAAUUAUGUACGCUUACUUCUCCAAGUUCUCAUCUUAGUGAUUCGGAAAAUAUUCAUCAAAAUGUAUCACCCAAAAAACUUAAUAUGGAUAAAUCAAAUCAAUGUUUAGAAGAUAAUGUAUUUUUUGGUGCAAACUUUCCAAAUAUCAAAGAAUUUAAGUGGACUACUGAUUCAUUGAAUUCACCUUUACGUAGUUCUUCAUAUGGUCGUUUAUCUAAAAAUCAUCCAAUUGCUCCAAAAAUUAUUCAUCCUCAAACAAAUGAAAAUUCAUCAUUGAUAACUCUUUCUCAUUUGUCUGAAGCAAAUGGAAUUAAGUCAAGAUCUGUUUUACAUAUACGUCGUAAAUUAGUUUUACAAUUGUUUCAAGAAUAUGGUUUGUUUCCAUCAAGUAUGUGAAUUGUAUUUAUGUAACAAGUAUAGUGCAUAUGUAAUCAUAACCAUAUAUAUUUAUAAGCAGAGAUGAAUGAUGGCUAGCAGUGGAAUCCAGAACGCGCGUUUCGUCCUAUUUGAGACUCAUCAGUUAGAUGUAUCUGCAUCCUAGAGUUGGUGUUCACUCAUACAUAUUUAUUGUACAACAUAAAUUCUUAAGAGAAAGAAAAGUGAUAAUCUAAUGAAAAUGAUUAUUUUCCUAUAAUUGUAAAAGUGCUUGUACGUUUGUUGCGCGGGUUUCGCUCUGUAAUGAACUUUUUUCUUAGACGAUGGUCAGUUUUGACGACUGCGGUUUCUGUGUUGAAGUUGAAUUUCAUCACGAAUUGAUGUCAGCUAGAAACCACCUAUAAACAGUUAGUUGUUGAGUCUAACAGGUUUUCACAUUCUGUAGGUAUGACAUAAAAUUCAAUGGUACUACAUCAGAAACAUGUAACACUUAUUCUUGUUUAAAUAAUCGUCAACUUUAAAUCCCGAACGUUCGGAAACAUAUUUCUUCAUGUGUGUUCAUAUGUUAUUGUUUUCUAACUUAACUUUUCAUUUCUUUUUUUCUUGUUUUUAUUUAACUUUUACAUCCAGUUCCUGUGAUUACUCAUUUUCAACAAUGUUAUGCUUGUUACUUCCCUAGUCGUCAAGCUUUACAAUUGAAAAUACGUGAAAUUCGUCGACGAAUUAUGCAAACCGAUUCUCAUCUAUUUCAAAAAACUAUCAUCAAAGAUAAUUAUGAUUAUUUAAAUAAUAAAAAGAAUAUUGAUAAUGAUGAUGUGAUUGAAUUAACAAAAAUAAAAUGUUCAUUAAGAACUAUUUCAAAACAUUCUAUGCCUAUUGUUAAAUCAACUAAUACCUUAUAUGAAUAUACAAAUAGAUGUUAUAAUGAUAAUAACAAUACUAAUACUAAUUCAUCUUUAUCAAAUCCAUUAACAGUUUAAUACUCUUUAUUUUCUUUACAUUGGAAUCUAUCAUUAUUAUUAUUAUUUGACUUAUGUUAUCAUCUUUUUUCAUUGAUUAAAUCUUUCAUCAAUUUCAUACAUAUUUCAAUAGGGUUAAUUUUUAAUCAUUAAUUUAUUGACUAAUAUUGUUCCAGUGAAUUUUAACUUGUCAUUUUAUGUUUUUAUUUUAUUUAUUUGUUUAUAUGUUCUAAUAUUUAUUUACUCAUUUUCAUAGUAUCUAUCCAUAUAUAUAUACUAGUUUCAUAUUAUGCUUUAAAUAAACACUCUAGUUAACAUACACACAUCAUGAUCUUAUUACACUUUCUCUUUUUUGUUCUUGUUGAUCAUCUCUCCUUUUUGUUCUUCUUCGACUUCCAUUUUCUUGUUAUAUGCUGUUCUAUUUUUAAUUAGCUUACAUAUUCAUUCUAUGCUUAUUAUACCAAAGCUCUGCUCAUUCACAUGUGUGCAAUUAAAUUGUCUUUAUAAAAUGCCUUCUUCUUUUCUUUUUAUU